UGAGGACUCGGCGGCGUCCUGAGCGGGGGUGACAGGUCACUGCCCCGGGAGGGAAGCCCUCCCUCCCUGCGUGCCCGGCGGGGGUAACCGGAGCUCGCGAGUCAGCCCUGCCUGGAAGUUGGAGAGCUCUGCUGUGUCCCCUUUAGAGAGGAGCGUGACACGCUGCCCAGCGCUUCCCCUCGCCAGGGCGCUGUUUGAAGUGGGACUCUUCGUUGCGUGUCUCGGGUUAGGAUUUGUCCCUUAGGACAGCGGGGCUUCUGGUUCUGCCCGGGUGCAGCUGCUGCUGCUCACUGACGGAAGAGCUGGCUCGGGAAUAUCUCUACUGUCACAAAACCACCUCGGGAUCCGGGGAUUUCUUCCUCCGGCUGGGGGUUUGCUUCGUAGGCUGGCGUUAUUUGAUUCUUCUCUCUCUCCAUCAAUUAAUGAUCAGAAGAAGCUACAGAUGACAUGACCAAAGUCAAAAUAAUGCAUGAACUGAUGAGAAACAGCACUGAGAAUGUUAGCUGCCUAGUUUCUGGAAAUCCUAAGUGUGACUUCACUACCAAAAGAGACCAUGAAGUUAUGUGAUCAUUGAGCAGAGUUUGCAAGAAUGGAAAACAAAAGGACCUCACUAGCUGCAUCUCAUAAAUAAAAAUUUCCAAGAUUCAGCUGAAUCAAAAAAUUAUUCCAGCCAUGGGAGAAAAUGCAAGUUUUUGGGAAAGUUUGAUAUAUGCACAUCCUACGUGUACCACCUGGAAGCAAGAGGCAGAGGGAUCUAUCUACCACCUAGCCAGUAUUCUCUUUGUUGUGGGCUUCAUGGGUGGAAGUGGAUUCUUUGGGCUCCUCUACGUCUUCAGCUUGCUUGGACUGGGCUUUCUCUGCUCUUCUGUUUGGGCUUGGCUGGAUGUCUGUGCUGCUGAUAUAUUCUCCUGGAAUUUUGCGCUGUUCACUAUAUGCUUCGUCCAGUUCAUUUACGUUACCUACCAAGUUCGGAGUGUUGCCUUUGACAGAGAAUUCCAGGAACUCUACAGUGCUCUCUUCCAGCCUCUGGGAAUUUCCUUGACUGUGUACAGAAAGAUCGUCUUGUGCUGCGAUGCAGAAGUGAUUACCCUGGAGAAGGAACAUUGUUAUGCCAUGCAGGGCAAAACACCUAUUGACAAACUGUCCUUGCUUGUGUCAGGCAGGAUCAGAGUGACAGUUGAUGGGGAGUUUCUGCAUUAUAUUUUUCCUCUUCAGUUUCUGGACUCUCCUGAAUGGGAUUCACUGAGGCCCACAGAAGAGGGAAUUUUCCAGGUAACGCUUACAGCAGAGACAGAUUGUCGGUACGUGGCCUGGAGGAGAAAGAAGCUCUACCUGCUGUUCGCUAAACACCGCUUCAUCUCCCGCCUGUUCUCAAUUCUAAUUGGGAGCGACAUUGCUGAAAAACUGUAUGCCCUGAAUGACAGGGUGCACGUGGGGCAGGGCUUUAGGUACGACAUUCGCUUACCCAACUUCUACCACGUUGCACUGCCAGAGACCCCUCCCGUGCAGCCCUCCCACCACUCCCACCACCUCCAGAGAGGGUCCCCCUGCCGCAAGCCCAUGGGGGUUACAAACUGCAGCUCCUUCCUCACACCCUCCUAGGAAGGAAAGUUCUGCUGCAGCCAUUCCUCAAAGCGAUGAGGGGAGAUGGAAGGUGGCAGAGCAGAAGAGCAGAGAAGCAAAAGCAGAUGAAGCCAAAUUUGACUGAUAAGUGCCAUUUAUGUUAAUUGGAGUAGGUUGAAUUCUCUGUUUCAAGCCAACAGGUUGGCUUCUGCAUUUUGACUGUCUGUGCAAUAUGUUUACUUUCUGUUGAUUCUCCUGUUAUCUUCAUCUCUUUCCUUUUGGAAGAGAACAAAUCAUAACAGUCUGAGGUCUUAUUGCAAUUGUGGUGGCCUCUGUGGUGGUGUGUUGUUUUGUUAGUUUUUUUUUUUUUAAAAAAGCAAACCCAUGGUAUUUGUAAUUAUAUUUCCUCAAAAAAUUUUGUCAUAAUGAAGUAAAGUCAGAAUAGUCAAUGAGAACAAGUAAGUUGUCUUCAAAAUAUAGCAACUUGGUUAUCAUGUUCAUUUUUAUGCCAUGUGAACAUUCUCUCAAUUUACAUGAAUAAUGUUGCAGAAAAAAGACUGAGGACCGAUUGCAUUGGUUUCAUUUCUUAAAGAAAUGAAAGAUUUUGAAAUGCACAGCAAGAUUGUUAAAAAUCCAAACAAAACAACACAGCAAAUUCUGUCCCAUUGAGUGAUUGGUUUCUCUCUGACUGUCCUAGAGAGGUAGUAUGUGAAAACAGACAUAAAUGUCGUUGCUGGCAUUAGAAAAAUAAAACAGCUGUAACUGCUGCAAAUACAGCUUAGGGAAAAGGUUGUUCGGCAUUUCUGAUAGGAUGUGAUGCUGUAGCACCUGCAGUGUCAGUGCCAUUUGUGACAUGUACAAUAAAUAAUGUUAAUCAAUCUACUGCCAAACCAUUGGAGUUUGUUGUACAAUGUUCUUUUUAGCUGUGUUUGUCAGGAAGAGACUAAAACAGCUGCAGCAAUAAAUACAAUUUUUAACUGAUACAUUCUUGUUUAGCUUCUAGAGUCACUUUCCUGUGCCUAUGAAAUUCUUGAUUUAAAAGAUAUUCUCUCCCUAAUUCUGUGGUGUUUUAAUGACAUAAGGGAGCCUCAGAUCACAUUUAGCAGGAGAGAGCUGGUUUCGACCCUUGGGGUCACGGUGCCUUUGAAGAGAAGUGUCUGAAUGUCUUUGCUAGCUCACCUUCCUGCUGCUCUGCCUGAUGCCUGCCAGUAAUCAAAAAAUAAGAAGCAUUACAAUUUUAUGAGAAUGGAUUGCUGCUUGAUAUGUCUGGAAGUAGAUAAUAUUUUUAGUAUUUUAAAAUUGCUGGCCUGUUUGGUAGGAUGGCCCUUGUGUGCUUCUCCAUGUGUGGGUAUACAUAUAAGUUUAGAUGUUGUGAGUGGUUUCUGGAGGAGUUAAAAUGAUACGAUGUUAUGCUUGAGAGAUAAUCAUGCAGUAUGUAUAAAAAAGCUAUUAGAAGGGAUGUGAAACACUACCUGUUUGAAGGACAAUUAGUGUAGAGCAGAUAAGAUUGUACAAGUUUUGCUUUUAGCUUUCUUUCUCGGAGAGGGAAACCUGCCAAACAUAAAUACCUCAGCAUGCAAUAUGAUAAACCCCAAAUCAUUCUCAUAACCCUUCCAUGCAAUGUGUUCUGUAUGUACUGCUUAAUGCAUGAAGUCCCUGAGUCACAGAGCUACUUUGUCCUGGUCAAAAGAGAAUUGGAAAAAAUGCAAACUGUUCACUGAUAUCUUUUAAAGACCUGUACAGAUGCUAACUAAGGCACAAAGUGCCAGAGGCUGGCAGCAUGUAUUAAGGAUGUACAUCUGUGUGUCCCCUCUUCCCAUAACCUUUUCCUGGUUAAGGGACAGGACAGCAGACUACCUGACCCCUUGGUGUGGCUCAGCACAGGUGUUCCCAUGUAACUUCAGUGCUGUGGUUGGUGCCAUGUCCUGUUUGUCAUCAGUGUCUGAGGUGGGAAAAGUGCAUCAUCUCUCAUGGAUGUCACUUGGGCUGUGCCUCAUCAUCCCUCUCUGUGUCAGCCAGCUGAGCUGCUCUAAAAACCUUGUGCUGUUUUUAAUGACCCCUUUAAAAAUAGCCCCCCACCUCAUUCUGAUAACAAGAAUUUCUAAAUUUGUCAUGCUAUGUGUGUUGGACCAACAUGAAGUUUAUACUUAACGUUUUAUGUUUUAACAAUCUGCAAACAUAAAAAUAUUUUAAAUGCAUAAAAGAGAUGUUAUUUUAGACUUAGGUGUACUAAUGUUCUCCUUGGUUUUCUUGAAUACUUGGGUUUGGCCUAUUGAUUCAAGAAAGCUUGUCUUUACUAAAUUCUGACUUUACUAAAGUCAAUUCAUUUGACUGCCUUCACCUUAAAAUAAGACCAAGGCAUCUUACCCAAUUUCUAUAUCAAGCUUAUAUGUUCUAUUUAAACUAUAGCAUACUGCUUAGGAAGAUACUGGGGAAUGAUGGGUGCUUCAUAUCACACUUGGAUAAUUUUUUCUUUUUUGUGACUGUGGUAUGCCUUGGCUUCUGUCACACAUUUUCCAAACACAAGCCUCUGUGAUGCUUUUCUCUGCUGGAAUUGGUUACUGUCAGAAAUCUCUACCAGGACACAUCUGAGUCAAUAUCUGAACAUACUCUUAGCUAAUCUUGUUUAGCUGUUGCUACUGUGCUUUUUGGGCUUUGAGUCAUUUUUUAAAAAUCGUUUCUAGUUUUCCAGCAUCUGUUUGAGACAUGACUAGCAGAACAUUUCAGCUGUAAAAUUCAGCUGUAAAAUAUAUAUCUACAAUAAUAUAAGUACACACAAAAGGACUGGAAGCAUGACAGAAGUUCUCUCUACCUCUGGUUUUUUUUUCAUCUGGACAGUACUUCUAAAACUUACAGUGAAAUAUGGUCUGGCAUGUGACUCAUAAACCAGUAUUUUGGGUGAGCUGUAUAAUCUACCUAAGUGAAGACCUACUCAGACUUAUAUCAGCGAAAUUAGACAAGUUUUGUGAGAUUACAAAACAUUUUUCUUUUUUACCAGUUUCAUAACCUUCUGUGGAGUUAUGUCUACAUUUGUAACGUUUGUAUGCUACUAUAGGUAAGAGUGGCAGAAUCUGUGCACGUGAUGAUGUGGUCAUUCAUCAGUUAUUUUCCUAAGUUUUUAUAAUUAUAUGGACAUCAUGUUGGAAUUGCCCUCACAGCCUGCAGAAGGGUGCAAAUUUGCUGCAUAAGGUAAGAAACUGUAUGGCCUAGGAGAGUCCAAAACAGAGGGGGAGGAGGAGAGAAAGACAGAACUAAGUUCAUACAGAUUUUAUCCAAGAGAUGUUUAUUUUAAAUUGGACUUGUGGCAAAUUAAUUUGUUGGAUGCAGCAAUAUGUAGUUAGAGGUUCAAAAGCAAGUUUUGCCUACUUAGGAGCAUGGGUCUGACCCUGCAAUUCUUUCAUUAUGUAGGGGUUUUUUUAACCACUACUAGUGCAAGUACACGUACCAGGUUCCAUCAUGUAACUCCACUCGAAACUACAGAAACUAUGGAAUAACCAGAGAGGAUGCAUCCCAACAUGCUGUUGUAGCUAAUACACUAUGCAAGGCAAAUUUUAAGCACUUAAAGAAAAAGGUUGUUUUAUUCAGUUACCUGUGAUAGCAGAGGCUGAGCUUUGCAAUUGAGGAAGGCCAGCCAGGGUCUAUGUUUUCAAGAACUGUUUCCCUUGCAACAAAGCAAAUUAGACAUAUAGAGAUAUGACCUCCCCUAGGAUAAAACUGGGAAAGCUGAAUACAUGCUUGGAUGAUAUUGCACCGAUGUGCUAUACCACAAAAAAGGCAUAUGCUUGUGGUAAUUAAACAAUAUGUUGAUACUACAUUUUCAGGAAAGAAGUGCUCUACAGAUUUUGCUUAUUGUGAAUGAUAAAUAUAAGACAUAUUUGGUCUCAAUGUACAUGAAAAUUUAAACCACAAUAUUGUGUUGCUCAUAUGAACAGAUAUUGCAAACCAUGCGUUAAAACUGAAACAAAUCUGCAGUUAUUUAUAUAGAAGAAAACUAUUUAAGUAGGAAAGGAAAAAUUAAUAUUGAUUUGUUGAAUUCAGACAUGACAAGAUUAAUAUUUUUCUUUCUAUUCCUGUAAUAAUUGAAUGCAUAUUUUUCCUCCCUAGUGUGUUACUGUAUAACAGAUUUUUUUACUAUACAACAAAAUAAAUACCAUAUAAAACCGAUUUGUUAAUCCCUCUUGAAAAUACUGGAUUUCUUUACAUUAAUAUGCAUUAAAAUAUAAUAGGUUCAGGGCUCCCAAGGAAAAACACCUUUUCUUUCUGUUUAUCUAAUUCACAUUAACUUUCCUUUCUUGUAGAUUUUUUUAUCCCUUCAGUUUCUACUUGCUGUAAUUCUGCUGCUGUGGGAAUCAAAAGAUGUAUUGAACUUGACAUGUAAAUCAAGCCACCUCAUGGUGAUGAAUCAAACCAUGUAGGUGGAGCUUCAUCAGCAGGAGUGUGUAGGAGAAAGGCAGCACAAAGCAUGUCAUCACUGAGCUCUAGAUUUGGGGUCGUGUCCCAAACCAUGGCUAGCAAUGCCCUCCUAGAGAGUCACUUGGCAGAGGGUUCUGCCAGCAGAGGGUUUAGACCCAUAUCAUCUUUCUGCAAGCUAUAAAUGUUGUUAAACCUUGCUCUGGAGUGGAAAAAAAAAAAAGAUGGGACAUUCCCAAAAGCUUGUGAGAGCAGAAGGAUUUUGUAGCAGUUAUUCUUCUGCUGUGGAUUCACAGGAAAUAUUUUUAAGUUGUCAUUUGAACUGCAGCUCCUAAUUUGAGGGAUCAGUGGUAUAUUGGGACAGGACUAUUUUGCUACCUGAGCAGGAUUUUGAAGACAAAUGAUGAUAAAAGAUAGAUGACCAAGAACUAAGAUGUCAUAUAAAUAAAAAACUGCAAUAAAAUAAUGGUAGUAAAGAACUAUUUCAGCAGUGAAUCCCAUAGUUUUUAUUGUAUCCACUAGUAACUCUCCACCUAAACUUGUGCAAAUCUGGGGGUUAUAAUAAUUUUCUGGGAGUAAGGGACAUUAGGCCAAGAGAGACACUGAAGCCAAAAAUCCCAUCUAAUGGAUGAGUGCUCUAACCAUGUAAUUGCAUAGAAGUGGGCAGCAGUGUCCCCUUCUGUAGAAACUGCACAUCAUAGGCAAGCAUUAAAGCACCUCAUCUGUGAAAGGAGGUGAGCUGGUCCCUGUCCCCAGGCAGCGAUUCUGGUGGGAUGAUCCCAAGCAGCCUGCAGGAGUCAUGGCUUGGUGAGGAUGAAGCACACAUACCUCUUUAAUAUUUCCCAUGCGUGGGUUUUAGGAAGAGUGCAGGACAAUCUAGAUACCCAAUGCUGGGCUUGCACUUCCAUGUAGGACAUGACUCAAGGGUGGGAUACUGGCAGGUAAGAUUUGGGAUGAGUUUAAAACACAUUAGGUAUGACCCUCUAUCUUCCCAUAUGUGUUCUCUUACACCGGGUAAAUGAAAAAUAACUUAAUCCAUAACAACAGUGAGGCAAGCCAGUUCACAUCUGCUAGGAUACCCAAGGAUGGGUAUCAGCAGUUCCUAUAAAAAAAGCAGUUUGGAUCUAUGAAAUGUUUGGAACAGCAGUUCCAAGCUGUUGUGCUGGAAUUCCUUGCUGUGCUUUGUUCAUCUAACUCUCUCACAUUAAAAUUUUUAAAGCUUUUAUGGAACCCAGCUGUAGUAGCUAUUCUGUUUUACUAAGAGAUAAAAUAUUCUGAAUACUUUUUUUGAAUAUGAAGCAAAACUGUCCUGUUUUCAUUUACAGAAAAGCUGAGUCCUCUCAAAUGAUACUUUCAAGCAGAUCUCCCCUAGUGAGGCGAAUGAAGUGCUUCUCAAAAAGUCAGAUAUCCAGCACUAUGCUCUGUUUAUCACUAGCUCUUCAUUUUAUUGUUCAGUUACAGCUUUUCAAAAAUAUAAUGUUCAUGCUGGAAAUAUGUUCGUUAAAGAAAUAAUGAGUAAGUAUUAGUAGAAAAAAAAAAAGACAAGAAAUACUGAUACAUAAAGCAUUUUUACAUGGAUUUUGAUUUUACCAACUAUUAGUAUCUUUUUGUUAACUAUAGUGGUUGCCAUUUUAGUUCUGAAAGUGCUUUUUACAGUGGUAUAUGUACUUAAGCUACAUGCAAAAGCAAUAAUCACAUAUAUAUGUAUGUUUAUUGCAGUCUGUAUCCCUGUUUUUUACUCUAUAUAAUAGGGGUUUGUUUGUUGCUCUUUUCUUUACAGAACAAAGAAGCAUAAUAAACAUUACUUAGAA